UCUGUCCUCUCCACUAGUCUCUGUGCGCCUGAUUAUUUUUACGCCGUCGAGUCUGGCGGUGAAAUCCAGGUCAUCUUCACCGGAUCGCCAGACGACACGGCUCAGGCGUGUGCUCUCAGUUGAUCCGCAGUGCCAUUUCCUGAUUCCUCUUUUAACAGCGAUCUUGUGGUUUGAAGGAUGAGGUGGGGCACAUUGAUUAGCAUUCUGCUACGCUGAGAAGAGUUUAUCCACCCAGGACAAGCAGCAGCAACCACACAAUCUCCAUCUGAACCAGCUAUCAAGCACCUGCUUUACAGUAUAUCAAGUACCUGUCUGGAUAUUUCCCUCACACACACAUGCACAGCUAUGGCUGGCUGGCUCUGGCUGGGAGGGUAAUCGGUGAGCUGGUUGCCCUGGCAACCCCACCCUAAUUUCCGCUGAAUAGAGCCCUACUUACUAGACUUUGUACCCCCCUUUUACCUUUCCUCUGAGUUUAUUUGCCCUUUGUGGAGGCAGAGGGCAGUGGUCGGAGCAGGAGACAUGGACUGAUGAGGUGAGAAUGGCAGCGAGGUGGCUGUUUGGCCCCCAGGAGCCCUCAGGCACUCAGAGCCAAUAACGUUGGCACAUACUCGGGCAGGAGCAGUAUGCAGGAGGCUGACCUACCGGCUACCAAUGCUUUCACAGAGUGCAGAUUCCAGUGCGCUAAUGGCAGAUGUCUGAACCUGGGCUCACAGGUCUGUGAUCAGCUCAACCACUGUGGGGACAACAGUGAUGAGGAGCACUGCCCAGUCUCCACCCAGCAUCCUGCAUCUGCCAUCUUCAGCUCUGAACUGGAGUUUGUGCAGAUCGUGAUCAUAAUCGUAGUCAUGACUGUGAUGGUCGUGGUGGUCGUGUGCCUGCUCAACCACUAUAAACUCAACACGUGGUCGUUCCUGAGCCGGGCGAGCCAGGCACAGAGUCAGGAUCUCUCUCUGCAGCCGGAGGGAUCUUUAUGGCCAUCAGAUAAUGGGCUGAGGCAAGGGGCAUCUGAGGUGGUGUACGCUCCUCAGCCUAGGGACCGUUUUACUGCUCCCACUUUCAUGCAGCAUAAUCGUUUCCGACGUUUCCAGCCCACCUACCCAUACCUGCAGCAUGAGAUCGACCUGCCGCCCACCAUCUCGCUGUCAGACGGGGAGGAACCGCCGCCGUACCAGGGCCCCUGCACGCUGCAGCUGAGAGACCCCGAGCAGCAACUCGAGCUCAACAGAGAGUCCGUACGCGCCCCACCCAACCGGACCAUCUUCGACAGCGACCUCAUUGACAUGCACAGUUCAGGGGGUGGCGGUGGGCCACGCCCUCCCAGUAGCAACUCUGGGAUCAGUGUCGUCAAUUCCAGUAACCACGGACACAUGGAGGGCCCUCCGCCCGCUUACAGUCAAGUGAUCGGGCAGCACUCGGGCAUAGUACUUUACCUCCACCAGCACAGCAAUAACCCACCUGUCCCCGUCACCGUGCAGACUCCGCCCAGGGGCCGGACAGAUCCAAGCAGCCCAGAGAGCACAAUAGCACUGAGCAAGGACAGACAAAGGGAGGAGCUAGUCUGAAAGGGGGCGGGGCAAGCACACGAUCGGCGGCCCACUCUCCACACCCAUAAAAGGAAUGGGUUCUCCCUCAUAACACUCCCAUGCACAACAGAGCUUAAUGGAUCUUGGCGACAAAAUCAAAAAAACUAUGUGGAGCUGAGCUUGCUAAAGCAACGUUUUAUUUCUUUUCUCGCAGACCAGCUGUGCAAACAUAACGGUUGCAGUCUCCUACUUUCGUUGCUCUGUAUUACUUGUGUAUAGCUUACAAAUCCGAAAACAUUAUUCGAGCACAAGACAGGCUUUUUGUUGUUGAUGUUGUUUUGGUUGACUUUUAUCGUUGUAUCCCCUUAAACGUCCCCCUACCACCCAAGCCACAUGUGACACUGUGUGGAUAAGAAUUUAUUUUUUAAAGACCGAGAUCUGUGCAGCAUGAACAAAACAUAAAUGCGAAAAAUUGUGUAAAUCCAAUUCCUAGUGCCAAGGUUUAUACGGAAGGUGUCACAUGGGGCAUCGACUGUCUUAAAGACUUGUUAUACAUGUAAAACCUUCUGUGAAAUUGCACUAUUGUUGGUUAAUCAGAGUAAUAUGGAGAGGGGGGUAGCGAUGGGUGACGUAUACGUUUACUGUUUAUACUGUUUGUUUUCAUGUACAUCCGAUCGUAUGCUUCAAUGCAAGCUCUCUAUGAGAGGGAAGUGGUCUUGUCUGUUUUCAGCACAAGAAAAAAAUCUCAGAUCCAGCCUAAAUAUUUAUCUAUAUGAGGCACAGAAUACAGAGAGCCCGCUUUAGUCUCAUCUACCCUAAUCAGUGAUACUUGCAACCACUUAUAUUCAAGCUGAUCUGAGGUCAGUUUUGUUUAAAGAAAAGUCAGUUUACUAAUAGAUCUGUAAAGACGUGUGAUGAGACUUUUGUUAUCUUUAAGUGGUUAUGGAGAGUUCACCGUUUGCUCUUUUUUUGUUUCUUAAACCUUAAAGUUUAUUAUUUAUAUGUAUAUUUUGUAGUUGGAAUAUAAAACUAACAUCAUUUAAGUUUAAAGGUCACCAUUGCAUGCCUUUUGCACUUUUGUCUGUUAAUAACAACUAAAAACAGACUUUUAAGGAAACUAAUAUAAUCCAGCACUGUAUCCGUAUCGUUGUGGAUUUCAUUUAAUUAUAGCCGGCUCAUUUCUGUUUAUUUCUGUUUUAGUCUCCACUGCCAAUUCUAGAACAAAGUUUAGUGUGUGAACUAGAGGGUUGACCGAUUAUCGGCGCCGAUGUUUAAAGAAAUUAUGGUUAUCGGUAUCUUUCAUUUAAAGAAAGUUUAGUCAGAAUCCUUGUUAUUCUUAAAGGGACACUCCACUUUUUUAAAAAAAGCUUAUUUUCCAGCUCCCCUAGAGUUAAACAUUUGAUUUUUACCGUUUUGGAAUCCAUUCAGCUGAUCUCCGGUUUUGGCGCUACCACUUUUAGCAUAGCUUAGCAUAAUCCAUUGAAUCUGAUUAGACCAUUAGCAUCGCACUCAAAAAUAACCAAAAGAGUUUCUGUUUUCCUAUUUAAAAUUUGACUCUUCUGUAGUUACAUUGUGUACUAAGACUGACAGAAAUUUAAGCAAAGAUAUUACGCAACAGCCAAAAAUAGUCCCCUGCCAUUGAAAAUACUAAGGGGACUAUUUUCGGCUGCUGCGUAAUAUCAUUGCACCUCCUGCAGGCAUGUUACGGCAGCAACGUCCUUGAUUGUUAUGCUGAAAUGAGAGUUCGUAGCCAUAUCUGCCUAGAAAAUCUAUUUUUUAAAUUUCCGUCAGUCUUAGUACACGAUGUAACUAAAAAUAUCGAAACUCUUAUUUUUUAGCGUGAUGCUAAUGGUCUAAUCAGAUUCAAUGGAUUAUGCUAAGCUAUGCUAAAAGUGGUAGCGCCAGACCAGGAGAUCAGCUGAAUGGAUUCCAAAAUAGUACGAAUCAAAUGUUUAACUCUAGGGGAGCUGGAAAAUGAGCAUAUUUUCAAAAAAGGUGGAGUGUCCCUUUAAUUUUGACAUCAUUUUCAUUUUUACGCCAGACACACAUAUCGUACGCCUCAAAACAUAUCGGUCGACCUUCUAGUGUGAAUCCCUUUUGCAUCCUCUAUUAUUAUGUAGUCCCAAUAAAAAUGAAUCAGGUUUCAAAACAUGGUAAGGUCAAGGGCUAAUGUGAUGAGCAUUUUUAAAAUGAUCCAUUUAAACCCGGCAUUCCUCUGUCCUGUUGCUUUUGAUCCCAACCCUGACACCAGCUCCUGUCUAGUGCGCACACUUGUUUUUGUGUUUAUGCAUCCAUGACCCGUACUCAUCCGAGCGGUUCUCUGCAUUCACUUUAAGCUUAAUUACAAUCAUGUAGGCCCAGAUAGAUGAUGUUGCUCCGACCAGAGCUGUUGAAUCCGGUUCAGAGGUCGAGAGAAUCGAGAAGAAACCCCAAAGACUCUUUACAGUUUGUGCACACGAACCCUUUAAUAAGGAGACUGAAGACUGAGCCCCUGCUUUCGGUCACCACUUAGCCUGUCAAGGACAGAUGACUUGUACAAAGGCCAUGGUGGUUUUUAUAUUCUUGUUUUCGUUAUGUGGGAGUUAUGGUCAAAAAAAAUGUUUUUAAAAGCAACACAUUCACCUUUAUAAGCUACUCUGUUUGUACUCAGAAUGUUAGAGUCAGCCAAUCAAAAUGUGUUUAAAUCAUCUGGUUUUCAUCUUAUGUGUUGAUUGGCUUUACUCUUGUUUUUUUUGCUGUUGGUGGGAUUUUUAUCCGUCAUCUGGACUCCCGUGCUCCAAAUCGAACUAAACAAAUCAAAACUCCACAUGUGUCAUUUUAUAAACCACAGCAUAGAUAUAAAAUUCUAGAUUUGCGAUGCUCUUGUCAAGCACAGGCAACAAAAACUUAGCAACAGUUGUUUCACUGAGCACAAUAUUCUAACCAUCUCCAACUUAAAACCCCCGUUUCUAUUUCCAGAACGUUUCAUGAAUCAGUUUGCUGCUUUCACCGUUGCUGCUGCUAUGCUACUUCUCUUUUUGUUCACCAUCCCAAUAAACGCGUCCCUUUGUCGUCUAUUUUUCGUUCGUCUUGCUUUCCGCCGUUUUCUGCUGUCCAAGGAUGUUUGCAUGUGACUCGCGAGCUAAAUCGGUGCCUAUUGAUCGUGUUGUUUUGAGCGACGUAGGAACCCACUUGCACUCAAAGUUCCCACCUUAGCUGUGCCUCACUUCCAAUGGUGCUUUCUUUGGUGUAACGUUUUUUUAAUCCUCUUUUAUUUGUACGGUGCUGUAAAUAAAGUUAGUCUGUAUGCACAUAUCCUACCCAAUGGGUAGAAACUGCAGAAAAAAAGACAACGUUAAUAAUGUAACAAUUUAUAAUUGAUAUAAAGGUUUUAAAAUGGUGGUUUGUAAAUGCCUGCAGUUGUGAACAAGGAAAUUUGUUUUCAGAAAGAUGCUAAAAGUAUUUUUGAGUAACAUCCUGCUACGGUACGAAAGAAACGGACGUACUGGGACAACCAUUUAGAUGUUAAAGGGAUACUUACUUUAAAAUGAAAAUUCUGUCAUCAUUUACUCAUCCUCAUGUUGUUUUAAACCUAUAUGAAUUUCUUUUUUCUGAUGAACACACAAAAAAAGAUAUUUUGAGAAAUGAUGAUAAACACACAGCAGUAAGUGACCAUUGACUUCCAUAGUAGGAAAAAAUAUUUUGGUAGUAUUAUGAUAAAUGACUAAGAAAAUAUUUUGAUAAAUAAUGGUAAGCACACAGUUGAUAGUACCAAUUAAAUUCCAUUAUAUUUUUUUUAUUUCUACUAUGGAAGUCUAUGGUCACUAUAUGCUGUGUGUUUACCAUCAUUUCUCAAAAUAUCAUCUUUUGUGUUCAUCAGAAAAAAGACAUUCAUACAGGUUUAGAACAACAUGAGGAUGAGUAAAUAAAUUUUAAAGUGAACUAUCCCUUUAACUGCCACAACUAUAUACAAGAGAUGUGCAUUAAAAAUCCUUAAUAGGAAAGUCAAUAAUUUAGUUACAAGUUAACUAGUUAAUUAUAAAUUGGAAUCUACCAAUUAUAGAAAGUUUGAUAUCUAACCACCAACCUGUGCCAGACUCCCACUCAUGGACAAAAACAUUGAGGGCUUUGGUAAGACAGUCUUGCUUAAACAUUUUGGAUUUCAAAUAAGUGUUUUAUUAUUUUAAUCCCAACAGAUACACGAUUUUUGUUUUCAAGACACUUUGUGUUGUGCUUCCUGUCUUUGCAAAGUUUAAUAAUGAACCAAAUGAGAGAUGUAGUUUUAACAUUCUUAUUUUUGUUAUAUAUUUCUGACAUUCUUGUGUAUGUGGUGUAUAGGAGCAAAAAAUGAUUUUAAUUGCAGAUAUUUAUGUGCCGGUGCUCCACUGUACAGUAGCUUGUAUUCGCAUGUCUAUAGUUAUAUACCUGAAAAUAAUGUACAUAGCGAUGCCAUUUUGACUACAAGCACCUGACUAACAGCAGUUGGUGACAUUUUGAGCAAUGUAUUAAGCUUUCAGAGCAACAAAAAGCAUUUUUCUUGCACACAAACACACACGAAAAUGGUUUAGAUGUAAUUUACUGAGGCUUAUUAGGUGUCUGUGAAAAGCGUCUGAGUGCAGCCAUUCAGAAGUAAAGAGCAUCACAAUAUCGCAGACCUUUUUACUUUUUUUACGCUUGAUCAAAAUUUCCAUUGUACGUUCAUAUGUACGGACGUUUUUCUAUACAUGCACAUGUGCAUAUUCACACUUUAAAACGUACGUAUUUUGUUUUAUUUAAAUCAUUGUGAUGUAACUAAUAGGUUUACGCCUAAGGUCUGUUACUGCAAUGCUGUUUAUCCCCACAGAAAAAUGUAAUCAAACGUUGCUCUAAUCACUGUUAUAGUCAAACUUUUAUGCUUGUAUUUCUGCUGUUGUCUAACUGCAGUUCAACUAAUAAACUAAAAUGUACCAGUU